AUGGCGCCCGCGCUCGAACAGACAAUUACCAUUGUCAACAAUUCCGGCAAAAUUAUCAAGACCGGAAAGCAGCUUUUCUCCAUCUUCAAGGAAGCUCAAGGCACAUACAAAGACAAGAAAGCCGAGAUCAAGUCUCUCCAGCGAUCGCAAACCUUUGACGCUCGUGCUCCUCCUCCACAAUCUUUCGUCGACGAUGACCGCUCCCGCUAUUAUCCCCCUCGCGCCGCUGACCAGCGCAGCGAAGCUGGCUCACAACGCAGUCGCCGAUCACGAAGCGUUCAGUCACGACAGGACUUUGACACACGCAGCCGCAAGGCCCUUACCCUCGACAACCUUGAGCGACACACCGAGAUUUCUGCCACAGCACCCAGCAAAGCACCCAGCAAAGCUCCCAGCAGAGCGCCUACAAAAAUGAUGUACGACGAGGACGGAGUUGCCAUGAAUUAUGCUCUAGCUCCUCGCUCAGUGGCGCCAUCAGCCUACAACGCGGGCCAGAUGGUUCCCCGAAAUAGAUCGACCGGAGAGCUGGUACAAGCGACAAAACCUCGCAAGGAAAUCGACAUGGACCUCGCCUACGGUAGCGUCCCUCCCGAUCUCAAGGACCGCACCGAUCUGGACCCGCAGGUUGUCGAUGAGAAGCAGGCCAUGGGACUCGUUCACCGCGUCGAGGGUCUCCUUACCGAAGCCAAGUGUAUCCACCACUCUGCCACGCACACCAUGUCCGAGCUUCAGAAGAACCCUGACCACGCCGCGGCCGUUGCGCUCACCCUAGCUGAGCUGUCCAAGAUGGUCAAGAAAUCAUCACCCGCCUUCCUGGCCCUUCUCAAGAGUGGAUCCCCCGCCGUCUUUGGGCUUCUAUCGUCACCGCAAUUCCUCAUCGGCACGAGUAUCGCUGCUGGUGUUACGGUCAUCUGCUUUGGAGGAUGGAAGAUUUUUCAGAGAAUGGCGGAGGGUAAGGCUGCGCGGGAAGCUCUGGCCUACGAGGGUGUGCCCAUGGAACGACCUGAGUUCGCGCGCUCACAGAGUGCGCCUACCGUCGAGUACGGCGGCAUGGACGAGGCUCUCAUUAUCGACGACGAUCUAAGUUCAAUCGAGACUUGGAUGCGCGGUAUCCCCGCUCAGUCCGUCGCCGAGAGCGUCGACAUGGAACUCAUCACACCCACGGCCUACGACACGAGAAGUCGCAUGGGCGGCGACGACUUCGACACCAAGUCCCGCCGCAGCACAAGGACCAGCAAGACACACGAAAGCCACCGAAGUUCCAAGUCGCACCGCACAGAAGGUAGCCACCGAAGUUCGCGAAGCCGUCGGGACGAUGAUAGCCGCAGCAUCGCCGACAGCGAGCGAAGUCACCGUUCCUCAAGGAGCAAGCGUUCCGAGAAGAUUGAGACGAGGUCUAUUGAUAGCCGAAGCAGUCGACGAGAUGAUGCUUCUGAGGUUACGCUGCGACCUAAGGCUAAUCGUACCAAUAGCAACAUGCUCAAGGCUCUUUUCAAGAAUAAGGAGAAGAAGGAGCGAUCACUUGUCAUGGCUUAG